AUGGAGAAGUGGAAUAAAUUUUCCAAUCAACAGGAGGAAGCUGAUAACUGCUCAGAAUCUGUGAAAUUUGAUGCUCACUCAAUGACAGCUUUGAUUCCUCUGAAUCCUAAAAAUGGCCCUGCUCUUCAAGAGAAACUGAAGUCUUUCAAAACUGCAUUGAUUGUCCUUUAUCUCCUUGUGUUUGCACUUCUCAUACCUAUCAUUGGAAUACUGGCAGCUCAACUCCUGAAGUGGGAAAUGAAAAAUUGCACAAUUUGUUCAAUUAAUACAAAUGAUAUCUCUCAAAAUAUCACGGGAAAAGGAAAUGACAGUGAAGAUGAAAUGAGAUUUCGAGAAGUUAUGGAAUUCAUGAGCACCAUGGAGAAGAAAAUCCAUUAUAUUUCAGAUAUGGAAACCAACCUCAUAGACUUGGAGCAUUUCCAAAAUUUCAGUGUGAUCACUGAUCAAAGAUUUAAUGAUGUUCUUUUCCAGCUGAAUACCUUAGUUUCUUCACUGCAUGGGCAUGGAAAUGCAACAGAUGAAAUCUCCAAGUCCUUAAUGAGUCUGAAUAUCACAUUGCUUGAUUUACAGCUCAAUAUAGAAACACUGAAUGGCAAAGUACAAGAUAAUACACUUAAGCAACAAGAGGAAAUCAGAAAAUUAGAGGAGCGUGUGUACAAUAUGUCAGCAGAAAUCAAGUCUAUGAAAGAAGAACAAGUGCGUUUGGAACAGGAAAUAAAAGGAGAAGUGAAACUAUUGAAUAACAUCACUAAUGAUCUCAGACUGAAAGACUGGGAACAUUCUCAGACACUAAGAAAUAUUACUUUAAUUCAAGGUCCUCCUGGACCCCCAGGUGAAAAAGGAGAUCGAGGUCUUACUGGGACUAGUGGCCCACAAGGAAUUCCAGGUCCAGUAGGACCUCCAGGUAUUAAAGGUGAUCGAGGAGCAAUUGGCUUUCCUGGAAGUCGAGGAUUGCCAGGUGCACCUGGGAGAUCAGGGCGGCAAGGUAAUCCUGGGCAAAAAGGCCAGAAAGGGGAAAAAGGAAGUGGGAGUACACAAAGUAAGUUUUCAAUUCUUGUUUUCUGCAUGCAUUUUUCAGUACAUGUGUGA